GCGAGAGUGUGUUCAUUCAGCGACUUGGCGUGACUGUGAUGAUAAGAGAAGGAAUUUAUUUCACUCAGGAAUUGUUAUAGUCUACAUUUUCCACGGCUUGUGAUCAUCUCGAGUAACCAGCACGGACACGAUGAAGUACAUUAUAGGAAUAGGCGGUGUGACCAAUGGUGGGAAAACCACCUUGACGAACAGGUUAAUAAAAGCCUUGCCAAACUGUUGUGUGGUUCACCAGGAUGACUUUUUCAAGCCGCCGGAUCAGAUACCAGUCGGAGCGGACGGCUUUAGACAGUGGGAUGUGAUCACGUCUUUGGAUAUGGAGGCCAUGGUGAACACAAUCAAGGGUUGGAUGGAGAACCCGGUCAAGUUUGCCCGUUCUCACGGUGUCCAGGUAACCCCAGCCGCCGAGAUGGAGGACCCCGAGAGUCAAAUUCACAUACUUAUCGUAGAAGGAUUUCUACUGUACAAUUACAAGCCUUUGGUGGAUGUCUUUGACAAAAGUUACUACAUAAGCAUCCCAUAUGAAGAGUGCAAAAACAGGAGAAGUACACGGCAGUAUACUGUCCCGGAUCCUCCCGGCCUCUUUGACGGACACGUGUGGCCCAUGUACCUGAAACACAAACAUGAGAUGGAGACGUGCGGUUUGCCAAUUGAAUACAUCGAUGGCUUAAAAACGAAAGAUGAGAUGUACAAUCAGGUUUACGAAGACAUCCACAACACACUCCUGAAUCGCUUAUAGCAUUCAAGGAUCUAUGUACAAAUUGUAAAUGCAAAUCUUGGUCUUUUUUUUACGGCGAUUGUUUUGUAAAUAGAAUGUAACUUAAGUGCACACAAAAGAACAUUUGAUUUUGCUUUUAGUUUGUUAACUCUGUUUGAUUAUUUUCUUUUUAAUUGUUGCUGACUUUAAAGCACUCCAUCAUGGAAACCACACAAGUGUUUCCAAACUUCGUUUUUAACUGUAUCAAUAAACAUUGUGCUUUGAUUUCUUUAAUUCUGUUUUACAUCUUGAAAAACAUGCAUUGUAACAAUAAACUACAUCUUUUGGGCAUGUAUGGUUUACACAUCAACCAGAUGUGUUUUUAUCCUUUUAAAUGAAGUUCAUGUAUCUGUCUAUUUGCACCAUAAAGUGUCUUUGUGGCUUA